GCGCGCGUGUGUUUGUGUCUGUGUAAGUGUGUGAGGGUCCUCCCCGGCAGCAUGAGAUGAGCUCCCUGUACUCUUAGCGGCCACAGUUCUCGCCUCCUCCUCUUCCUCCGCGUCUCCGGGAGUGUUGACCACCGCGCUGUGAUCGAACUACGCCCCGACUGAACCCACGUCUCCCUGGGCGCGCCUGCGUGUCCCGUCUCGGAGGUCUCGGGGGGUCGGAGCCUGCCUCGGCUGACCCGGCUGCAAGGUUCUGCUCGGCCCAUCUUGUAUUGAAACUGAUCCAACGAGGCAAUUUGUUCAAGACCGCUGAGACACACAAAACAUGGCUGUGGCUGGAUGUCCGGAUUAUUUCCUGCAUCAUCCAAAUUAUCAGCAAGACACUCUAGACCGGUCCUCCAAUCACAUAAAGGCUGACCUCAUUGGUCCGAAUUUCCAGCAAUCAGGCAAUCGAAGUUCCCCAAACCAUCAAGAGGAUGACGUUGACCUGGAGGCCCUGGUGAAUGACAUGAACUCCUCGCUGGAGAGCAUGUACUCCACCUGCAGUGGCCAGCAGACAGAGUCGACCCCACUACUGCACAAUGGGCAGAUCGCUGCCUCACACCACCACCACCACCACCCGCAUCCCAUGCAGCCUCGGCAGCGCCUGCCCUCACACGCGCAAGGCCACGUCCCCCCGGAGCCGCCCUCGUCCUCCUCGUCUGCAGACUCGUCCCAAAGGAGCCUCCGACGGUCACAACCCAUGCACAUUCUCGCUGUCAGGAGGUUGCAGGAGGUGGAGCAGCAGCUGAGGACGUCAUCCCUGCCGGCCAUACCCAACCCCUUCCCCGAGCUCUGCAGUCUGGCCAACUCCCCAGUGCUCAGUCCUGGGUCUCUACCUCCUGGAGAACCCUCCACCGGCAUAUACAUUGUGAAGAUCUUCAGUGAAGACGGCAUGGGUAAAGUUGUGGAGAUCCCAGCCGACAUGACGGCCAGGGACCUGUGCCAGCUCCUGGUGUACAAAAGCCAUUGUGUGGACGACAACAGUUGGGUACUUGUUGAACACCACCCGCUGCUGGGGCUAGAGCGCUGUCUGGAGGACCACGAGCUGGUGGUUCAGGUCCAGGCCUCCAUGAGCAGCGACAGUAGAUUCCUCUUCAGGAAGAACUAUGCCAAAUAUGAAUUCUUCAGAAACACCCAUGCAUUUUUCCCAGAGCACAUGGUUGCAUGGUGCCAGGAAACCAAUCGCACGAUUCCACCAUCUCAGCUCCUUCAGAACUUCCUAGCAACCAGUAGCUGUCCAGAGAUCCAGGGGUAUCUGUACAUGAAGGACGUGGGUAGAAAGUCGUGGAAGAAGGUGUACAUGUUCCUGCGGCGCUCAGGUCUCUACUGCUCUGCUAAAGGAACCUCAAAGGAGCCCAGACAUCUUCAGUUUCUGGCAGACCUUGAAGACAGCUCCAUCUUCACUGUCAUCACUGGCAAAAAACAGCACGGGGCACCGACAGACUAUGAGUUCUGCAUCAAGCCCAAUAAAUGUCGAGGGGAGUUGAAGGAGUUGAGGAUGCUGUGUGCGGAGGACGAACAAGGCAGGACCUGUUGGAUGACCGCCUUCCGGCUCUUCAAGUAUGGGAUUGUGUUGUACCAGAAUUAUAAGAUUCCCCUACAAAGAAAAACACUACUUUCACACUUCUCAGCCCCUGUGCGGAGCGUGUCAGAGAACUCCCUGGUGGCGAUGGACUUCUCAGGGCGGAUAGGGAGGGUGAUUGAGAACCCUGUGGAAGCUCAGAGCGCUGCCAUGGAGGAGGGGCAUGCGUGGAGGAAGAGGAGUCAACGAAUGAACGUAUUAGGCUCCCACAGUCCUCUACACCACUCUUCACUCAGCUCGGUCAUCCACAUAGCUCAGCUGUGGUUCCACGGUAGGAUAACCAGAGAAGAGUCUCAUCGCAUCAUCCACCAGCAGGGACAAGUAGACGGGUUGUUUCUGCUGAGAGUCAGUCAGAGUAACCCCAAGGCAUUUGUGCUCACGCUGUGCCACCACCAGAAAAUCAAAAAUUUCCAGAUACUACCGUGCGAAGAGGACGGCCAAGUCUUCUUCAGCCUUGAUGACGGCGCCACGAAGUUCACCGACCUGAUUCAGCUGGUGGAGUUCUACCAGCUCAACAGAGGAGUACUGCCUUGUAAACUCAAACAUCCGUGCACCUUUGUGGCCUUAUGACAUCUUCGGAUCAUCUGACCCCCACGACCCCUAUGACUUGACCUGACUGCCUAAAACAAACAAAACAGCAAGACUCCUGUUUGAUUUGUUUCCAUCUUUACAACCAGCUGGGGAAUUGAAUGAUGCUUUGUUGUCAUUUCACAUUGCCGUCAGUCCGUCAGUCACUGCUGACUUGUUGGAACCCUUUUGCAUGGAUGUUUGAGUCGGAUGGACAAGGUUCCUUGGUCAAGAGAGAUUGAGGAAAUGAACACUGCCGUCUGUGUCAACGCGUAGUCUCACACAAUCUUGCUAACCACAGUCAUCAAUAAGCUUGGUAACACGGUGACCCUCAAGGUUUUACUCACUGGGUUUUCUAGAGUGGACUUUCCCUUCAACUGGGCCAUCAGCAGCACUUUUGUUCCGACCAGUCUUGUAGUUCUCUACGAGAUCCAACUGGAGUCUCUUUCAAAACUCAUCACGCGUCUUCAAAGCGUAGAGUCACUGUAGAUUAAGAACUGAUUGUCUCGGAGUUUUGCUCUCAUCUAACUGGGAGCGGCCUUUGGCGGUGCGUGACUUCUCAGCGGUCUGAACUGGGAGAUUGUGCUACCGCCCUCUAGUGUCAUGGGCAUGUAAGGACGUGUCAUGGUUCACACGCAGAGACAGCGGUGCUUUUGGUUUGCAAACGUCAGAAGGUUGUCGAGUCAAAGUUAGCCUGGAUGAAAAACAACAAAGGGAAAACAUGAAUCCAUCGAAACAAAGUCUUAAGUAAUCAUCUGUUCUGUCCACCCUCACAUACAUGCAUUUGCUCCCCUCACCAUAAAUGCUCCUUUGUCAAUGAUACUUUCAUUGCAGUUAUCUAUUGCUGUCAAAAGACUCUUUAAUAAUAUAUAUUUUUCAAUAUUUUGCAUUCUGGAUAUUUGCAAGUCUUUAUUAUUCACCUAUGCUAUAAUAGGUCAUUCUGUACUUGUUAUUAUAUGGCAUGCUUCAUAACCUUAAAGUAUGUCCCAUGUAGCUUCUACAGUAAUUAAUAAGCCAUUUAUCAAAAACCAUGGUGUCAUUCAGGGCGAAGUAACUAGUCAUUAAUGUAGAGUACGUUUGUAACCAGAAAGACAGUUCUGGUGAUUGUAAAGUGAAAUAAAUAAACUAUUUUGGGGAAAUUAUUAAAUGCACCAAAAUGCAGUAGUAUACGUCAGGCGGAGGCAUUACGGCACCCGUUGCAAAACAUGGGUCAUGCUCGUUGAUUUGGUGGGAAACAUCUGUCCUGGGUCUGGAGCCUCUUUUUACCUAGGUGUCACAUGUCUACAAAUUGCCUACUACUUAUACCUGUUGGAAGUCAGGGAGAUGCUGUCAGACGUGUUAGGAGCAUGAUUAAGUGUGCUCUGACUCAGUGAUAGUAGACUCUGUGCAUUGCAUUCCUCUUAAUGCUGCCUUUUUCUGCCUGGAAGUACUUCUAAAACUGCACGUCACGUCUUAAUGAAUUUAACCCGUCUACAGAAAUAACCUACUGCUAUAGCGUUGGAAAAAUGUGUUAGAAUGACAGCUGCCUCUCCUUUCCUUUUUUUUUUUCCUGCUGUUGAAAAAAGUGAAAAUGUCAGUAGGGAGGCAGAAAAAACUGGAAAUCUAGACUUCUGACUGCGAUUGUACUCAUUGCUAAAAGUGCUACGGGGCCUAUUUUGAUUAUUUUAAACCUUUUUGACACCUGUUGAUCAUGUCUGACCGAAUGGAACUCAAUGAAUAACACAUGAAGGGCAAAACCCAUCAAUCUCAAAUUCAGGGAAGACAUACAGUAGGUAAAUAUCCAAAGUUAAUGAAAGUUCUACCCGUGAUGUUCAUACUCACAGUCCAGCAAUCCAAAUCUUUAAAAGGUCACACAACGAAUGCGUGUGUUUUCUUCUUCAAAUUUGUGACUCCAAAACAAUCCAAAACAUUUUCUAAAACACUCCCUCUCAAAGAGGAAAUAAAAAAAAUGCCUUUUAUUUAGUCCAGGCUUUGCCGGCAGCUCAGGUCACAAGCCAGCAGACACCUGGUUCUAAAUCUGUUACCUGCACGUCUCUGUGACGCAACGUCACCAGCCGCGAUUCAAUGACCUGCAGGUGCAGAGGAGCCCGAUUCUUUAUCCAAGAUGCAAUCACUCAAUCAUUUCUUUACGUAUUGUUGCAGCAAAAUGUAUUUAUUUAUCUGGAUGUGACUGAUUACUUGAAAAUGUUACAUGUCUUUUUCUCAGCGCGGUUCUGUUUUCCAUUGUCUUUGCAUCUAUUGUUUUAUUUUGGUUUUUCUUUUUUGGAUUUAGUCACAAAUAGUUUUUGUCUCCACAGAUACGUGUCAUGGGGUGAUGUUUUGAAGCACACUGGCAUCCAAAGUUUGACCAUUGUCAUUCCAAAUGUGACAGCUGAAAGCCCCCCCUUUAAUCAAUGUUAUUAUUUCUCACAGAUCAAUAGACAUUUUUAAGGAAUUGGAAUUCAGAAUUCCAACCUCCCAUCUUUAGUGUUUCUGAGUGUUUAUUUCGUCACCCUUUUGUGUUGACCUAAAAUAGGAAAAAAUAAUAUUAAUAUUAAAGUAAAAGACUCACAAAUGUGUCACGAAACCGGGUCGAGUAAUUCUCAACUCUCUCAUAAUUCAUUGUUCAAACAUCCUGGCUUGAUGAAUGACAUUAGAUAUAGAAAAAAAGCCCUCCUCACUUUUGAGGUUCAUAUUUUAUGAGAUUAUGUUAUUGAAGAAAUGAAUCCCCCCUGCCCCCAUUCUCUCACACACACACACACACACACACACUUAUGUCUUAAUCAUUCAAACCUUUUAAAACUGCAAUAAACAGGGACAUAUGUGACAGAAACCAUCCCAGAGCAGCAUUGCUUCACCUCCAUUCAGCAGAAUAGGGAAACAUAACUUAGGCUGUUGUCAGUUGCAUGAAUGUGGACUUUGAUUGUAUUGUGUAGAGAUUCUGUCACUGAUAUUUGAUACGUGAAUGUUAGGGGGAAUCAGGACUUUGACAAUACAUAGAUGAUUUUGUAGUUGCAGUCAAGUAACCUUCGGCUAUUGAGACCUCACUGGAGUUCUGACACUAGCUGUCUCUUAAAUCCAAUCUGGCUGUCCCGUGUUAUUGUGCUUUGUGGAUUGACGUGAAUGGUAGCAGAUGUCAACAAGUAGCUUUCAGGGGGCGGGAUGUGUACUUGUCAUAUCCACUCACUGUGAGUGCAGAAGACAGAGGCUGAAAUUAAAAUGCUGAAGACAAUGCUGGGGAUUUGGAUAUGAACCUUUUUACCCCUAACAGAAAUGAAUGUGAAUGGGUUUGCUCAACUUUGCAGCAGGAAUGGAUCGAACCCAGUUAACAAUCGCGCUCGUUCUGUUCUUUAGACGUUCAAACAUGUCAAUAAAAUAAGUGACAGUAGAGCACAGUGUCCGUUAUGGUACCAUGUAAUGUAUAACCACAGGUGGUGCCUCGGAUUACUUCUCAUUUUCCGCACAAGCCAGACAAAGCUGCCCGUCACAGGGGCACGGUCACACUCCACUACAAAAACAGAAAACGACACCCUAAAGGUCAGCAAUCAUCAAUUACUUAAUUAUCAAUUUUUACAGUGAUAAUAAAUCCCAUCACACUUUCAGUUUACUUAAAAGUGAAGUUGCCCCAAUCCUGCAACGAUUGAUUGAGUUAUUAUCAUCUGGACUCAUGUAUUUUCAUAAAGUCACCAUGCAAGAUAACAGGCUGUACAAAUGAGUAAAGUGAAAAAAUAUAUCUAUGUAUAAAAAAUUAAGCUAUUAUGUAUUUCAGGGAAUACAAAAAAGUAAACAGUAACUAAUUUCUUUUUGUUCAAGAGAGAGUUCUGGUAUUAAAAAAUGUGCUUUGCUUCAAUCUGUAAAUAUUUGAAUGGCUUAAUUGUAACCUUUUCAGGUAUUUUUGUACAAAUAAGGGACUGAUAUAUUAUGUUUAUUGUAAUUAGAUUAAAACAUUAAUACAUUGA